GGGGUGGACACAAAUGGGACGCUUUCCUCCUUCCUAGUAGGGGAGUGUUUGAAAAAAAGGAGUGAAUGAGAAGAGAAGACUUAAGGAGAGAGAGAGAGAAAGAGAGAGAGAGAGAGAGAGAGAGAGAGAGAGAGAGAGAUCAUAUCAUAAAGAGUCAAAAGAUGAGAUGCAGAGAGCAACACAAUGAACGAGUGAAGCACACACAGUGAAGAGGCAGCAGACUCAAGAGAGAAAUUCAGCAAUAUUGUAAACGGAGAGGAGAACAAGGAAAAACAGAGCAGCAGCAGAUGAGUGGAUUUUACUGCAAUACUGACCUGAAGAGGAUUAUAUUACACUGCACUGUGUAGGCUACGCACACACACUUAUGCAGAGGUGUGUGAUGCUGAGAUCAGAUAGAUAAUAUUUGUGAGUUUAUUUUUGAGCAGAAGAUACAUAGAGGCGUGUUUGUGCAUUUACUCCUGGCAAGCUUUGUGGGCCAAGUUGCAAAGUGUGUGUGUGUUAAACAACCAUGAGGAGGAUGUUGUCUCUCUUCUGCUUGGUUUCACUGAUGGCAUCCCCCAUAACUGAAGCGUGGAGACCAUCACAACCACGAUUGCAGUUUCAACACUCAGAGCUAGUGCGGAGCGGGAGGCUCAUGUCUCUUUCUAUGCCUGCUGGUGAUCUGAACUCUCUGUUGCCGGAUGAAGACAAUCGUCGUCUUUACAUUGGUAUGAAGGACCAUCUGCUGUCCACCAGCCUGGAUGACAUUACCCAACCGCCCCGCAAAAUACACUGGCCUGCAAAUCCAGAUCGAAUCCAGGACUGUUUAUUGGCUGGAAAAGACCAACAGAUGGAUUGUGCUAACUUUUUGCGUGUGCUGAAGAUGUACAACCAAACCCAUCUUUAUGCGUGUGGGACUGGAGCAUUCAACCCUCGCUGUGCCUUCAUCCCCACCAGCCUCUUCUUCAGGGCUGAAGAACAAACCCUUCGGUAUGAAGACACUGAAUCUGGGAAGGGGAAAUGUCCCUAUGACCCUCACCAGAGAGCAGCUACCGCCAUCAUAGAUGGUCAGCUGUAUGCUGGGAUCUCGUCUGACUUUCUAAGUCACGAUACAGCUUUUAUUCGAAGUCUUGGAGAGCGCCAUGUGAUUCGCACAGAACAGUACGACUCUACUUGGCUGCAAGGCGCUGAAUUUGUACAUGUUGCAGCGAUGUCCGAGAGCGAUAAUGAGGAGGAUGAUAAGGUGUACGUGUUUUUCACCGAGCGCGCUCAGGAGGCCGAAGGGGCCGCUGGGAAGGUUGUCUAUUCUAGAGUCGCCCGCGUCUGCAAGAAUGACAUAGGUGGUCAGCGUAGUUUGGUGCAUAAAUGGAGCACCUUUCAGAAAGCUCGUAUUGUUUGCUCUGUACCGGGACCCGAUGGUAUACCGACAUACUUUGACAAACUGCAGGAUAUCUUCAUUCAGCAUGGCAAAGACAAAAAGAAUCCUCUCAUCUAUGGGCUGUUCACCACUAACAGUAACGUCUUGAACGGAUCUGCUGUGUGCGUGUACCGGAUGCAUGACAUUAUUCGGGCUUUUAAAGGAAAUUUCCUUCAUAGAGAAGGACAACAGUACAAGUGGAUGGAGUAUACAGGCAGAAUGCCCUAUCCCAGGCCUGGCACAUGUCCCAGUAGCACUUAUGGAGGAUUUCGUUCAACAAGAGAAUUUCCCGACGAUGUCAUCUUCUUUAGUCGCACACAUCCUUUAAUGAAGGAGGUGGUACAACCUCUCGGAGGCCAGCCAUUGCUGAUCAGAGUGGGCGUGUCUUAUAAGAUGACCCGCCUCCUUGUGGACAAAGUGGAGGCAGUGGAUGGACAAUACGAUGUGUUGUUUAUUGGCACAGACUCUGGCCUGGUGCUCAAAGCAAUUCACCUCCCUGUCGCCUAUGGACAGAAUCAGGAAAUCACGCUUGAACAACUGCAGGUUUUUAAGCACAAGUCACCCAUCACCGCCAUGACGCUGUCCAAAAAAAAGAUGCUGUUUGCAGGAUCUGCGGAGGGUGUGGUUCAGUUAGGUCUGUUUCAGUGUGAUAUGUACGGCCAGGCCUGCGCUGAAUGCUGCCUGGCAAGAGACCCAUACUGCACCUGGGACGGGCACUCCUGCAGCCCAUACAUGCCAACUACACACAGGCGAAACGUUCGUCAGGUUAAUGAUGACGGCAAUCCAUUGAACCAGUGUGUCAGACAGGGAGCUGGUCUUCAAGUGGAGACUGAAGAGAAGACGCUAGUUGUUGCUGUGGGUAACAGCACUUACCUGGAGUGUCUACCAAAAUCUCACCAUGCCACUGUCACCUGGUAUAAAGAGUUAGGAGAGAACAGCUUGGAACAACAUAAGGUUGUCUCUGGAGACCAGCUGGUUGUUAUUGACCGAGGCAUUCUUAUUCCCCGGGCAGAGCUCAAUCAUGGAGGUGUUUAUCACUGUCAGCUAGAAGAGCACAAGUUCCGCUGGACGGCUGUUACUAUCCGCCUAAUUGUGUGGAGCCCGGCCCUACGUCCCGCAAUUAGCUCCGCCCAGCCGUGGUACCAGGAUGUGAUGGCACUGAUUAACCCUAGCAAACUGGAGCGACGCUGCAAGGAGCUCAGUCAGCGUUAUAUCAACAAAGACAUAGGGAAUCACAGACAUAACAAACAAGAGAAAAACAAAAUAGAGAACCACAGAAACAGAGGAAGAGGAGGAGAGAGAGAGGCAGAAAAGGAGAAAGGAAGGGGGAGGAAGAACCGAAGCAGAAUGCAGAAUUCGGCACAGAGGGUCCCAAGAAGUGCAUAGGGGUUUACACAAAUCAGGCUCACAAAUAAAACACAUGCAAUAUUUACAUAGUACAUACAUAUACGUGAAAUCCUAUUAGAAGAUAAUGGUUGUGUCUUAUUUCACUUCCUAGUUCUCUAUGUCGUAAAUCUGUUUAGUACACUGAUGACACAAUUACAAAAAUGUUUCUGGUACAUCACAUGUUUUGGAAGCACUUGGUGAUCAUGUUUAUCGAGAUAAACAAAUAAUAUACAAACAUAAAAAUGCAUGAACGAACUAUUAAAAAAUAUUGAAUAGUGCAUGGACUUUUGAACUAGUGAACAGAUUGAGACACACAUUAUCUGAAUUAUGUGAAGGAUUGUUGCUAAGCUAUUUAUAAUGUUUGAAUGUGUCAAAUAAGAACUCUGAUCUAGAAGAGGAUGUGGUCAAGAGCAAACAUAUUUACUUCACUGCUUACCUAAUUGAUUACUUCAGAACUGUAUUACACAUAUCUGACAAUUCCCUUAAAACAAGGGAGUGUCUUAAAUUGUCUUCUGUUGAUAAAAGAGAAAUCUUCCAAAGUUAGGGAGCAUUUUAAAAAAGUUCUUUGUUUUAAAAAGACUGCAGUGUGGAUAGCACUUACUGUAUUAAAUAGCAUCAGUGCUGAAAUGCAUUGCCUUGAACUACUAUGUUUCUAUUUAUCUUUCGUUCUAUUUAUUUCUGUUUAUAGGUCUGUUUAACUGCCUUGCUUUUUAUAUGUGUAAAAACUGUACACAGUAUUUUUUUUCUUUUUAAUAUUUAUGAGUACAAUUUUGCUACCAUAAAACUUUUGUCUUA